AUGCUUAAGGGUAUCGGUAGUCACCCAAGGCAAAGUUCUGUUAUUGAGGUUUCAGCUUUGCUGGGAUAUUGGUUCUCUCAGAGUGUUAAUUUGGUAAUAGUAAUGUCGAAAACACGUGCUCAAAAUGUGAGCUCUGAAAGGCCACUUAGGCAAUUCGUUAUAGGUAAAGACAAGUCAGCAGGUAGAAAUUCAAAGGGUCGUAUCACAAUUUUCUACAGAGGGGGAGGGGCAAAACGGUCACAAAGAACAAUUGACCUAAAACGCAACACUUCAUCAAUAGGUGUAGUUGAACGAAUCGAAUACGACCCAAAUCGCAUUUCACGGAUCGUAGUGGUCAAAUGGGUCGAAGGGGCAGCCGUUGACCGCCCGAAAAAGUCAACUCCCUCCAAAAAAAACUUCCCCCACCCCCUAAGAUCCUACCCUCCAUCUCCGUCAAAGGAUGUUUUCUUGUCUGCUUUUUCAUCUUCAAAUGGGGAAAAAAUACAUGAUGCUCCAUCUUCACUUGUGAACGUGUUGGGUGUUCCAAGAAUGGCGGUGGCAGGGGCAAAACCGGAAUUUUUUGUUCCAAGAAUGAAAGAUGAUGUGAAAGAGAAUGAAAUUGUUUCUUGGGGGAGUUUGAGACAAAGGGGGAUUUUAGGGGUUGUUAAUGAGUCAAAGUCAAAGUCAAAGGUGAGAGAAAGUGAAAAGGUGGAAAAAGAUGGGAAAUUUGGAGUGGAUUGA